UAGUUUGCUUAAUGAUUGUACUGGGAUGUGCAGGGGUAAAUCCAGCAAAUAUACUCAUGUAUAUUCCCGCUUCUUCAAGAUCACAUGUAUCAGCGUGGGAACCAUUAGCCAGAGGUUUAGCAAGAUCCGGACAUCAUCUCACGUUCGUCUCAAGCUAUAAACUCCAACCGGAAGUAAAUUUUACACAGAUUCUUGUGAAAAGUAAAGCACUAAAGGAAAUUGAUGAAGAUUUCAGAAGUAUUUUGCUAGCUUCUGAUUCUGUUUUAGGACAUAUUUGGAAGCUUUUGAGAAUGAUUUAUCUAUUCCCGGAUAGGAUGGCAGAGAUUCAUGACGAAGCUCUGACGGAAAUGAAGUAUGUUCUGAAUAAAAAAUGGGAUUUAGUAAUCGCAAAUCCUUUCUUGAACGAAGUUGGAAUAAUUUUAGGUGAUCACUUUCAAGUGCCAACCAUUCACUUUCUGCCAGCAAAUGCUGAACAGUUUUUAUCCUUUAGUCUUGGCCACCCAGAUAACCCAGCUUGGUCCCAUCCCAGUGCAGACAGCUUAGUAAGCAGAUCUGUUGUCCUUCUAAUUAAUAUUUAA